GGGCGGGGCUGUGCCGGAGAGCGGUGCGGCGGGAGCCGGCUCGGGAGCAGCUGCUGAUCUGGGCAUCUGUGGUGAGGCCAGAACUCACUGAUGACCCAAGGUUGCCUGUGAACUGAGGCCAUUUUGGAGGACGUUUCAGAGUUAACCAUGUGAGUGGGACUGGAGUCACAUAUAGGACAGACUCGGUAGAAGCUGAUCCCAGCCGAGAGGGAAGGAGCCAUGGGAGACUGCCACUACAACCAGACCAUCCCCUUCUUCUACCAAUCAGCCGGCAAAGAACUGAGUCACAACUGGCGGACAAAGGACGUGCUGGUGGUUACCCUGGGCCUGCUGGUAUGUGUGAUAGUCAUACUGGCCAACGCGCUGGUUAUCGCAGCCAUUGUCCUCAACCGCCGCUUCCACCAACCCAUCUUCUACCUGCUGGCCAACCUGGCUGCAACGGAUUUCUUCUCUGGUGUCGCCUACAUGUACCUCAUGUUCCACACUGGCCCUCGCACCGCAGAGCUGACGGUGCACACGUGGUUCCUGCGGCAGGGGCUGAUCGACACCAGCCUGACAGCCUCUGUCGCCAACCUCCUGGCUGUCGCUGUGGAGCGUCACCAGACGGUCUUCCAGAUGCAGCUACACAGCAACAUGAGCAACCAGCGAGUGACUUUCCUCAUCGUCUGUAUCUGGGUCACUGCCAUCCUCAUGGGGCUGAUCCCCCAAAUGGGCUGGAACUGCGUGUGCAGCCUGGGCACCUGCUCUCAGAUGGCUCCUCUCUACAGCCGCAGCUACCUGGUCUUCUGGGCCAUCUCCAACCUGGUCAUUUUCUGUGUCAUGCUGCUGGUGUACAUGCGCAUCUUCUGCUACGUCCAACACAAGGUGCAGAGGAUGUCCCAGCAUACCUUUCAUUCCAGACACAAGGAGACCAUGAUGAACCUCAUGAAGACUGUGGUCAUCAUUCUGAGUGCGUUUGUCAUCUGCUGGACGCCGGGGCUGGUGGUGCUGCUGUUGGACGGGGUGGACUGUUCGAGCUGCAACGUGCUGUUGGUGGAGAAAUACUUCCUGCUGCUGGCGGAGCUCAACUCCCUGUUCAACCCGCUGAUCUACUCGUUCCGCGACAAAGAGAUGCGGCAGACCUUCAAACACAUCCUGUGCCUCCCCUGGCGCAGGGACAUCAGCUUCACCACCACCAAGAGCCGGGCGCACAUCCUGAUGCAGAAGGUGCCCUCGCCAAACCCGGCCAGUGACUCGCAGAGGCUGAACUCCUCCGUGUAGGAAGCAGUGUCCCUGCUGGGGUCACCUCACCGGGGGCAGGGGUCAUCAUUGGUCAGGGUUCACCUGGGGGGCAGGGGUCAUCAUUGGUCGGGGGUCACCUCACCAGGGGCAUGGGUCAUCAGAGGCCUGCAGGAUCUCUGUGAUUGGUUACUACAGACAUGAGAUAAUUUGCUGCUGCCUUUGGCUGUGAGGUCAAAAUGUCCCCCCGUCAGUGCAGGGCCUGUGCUUCAGGGGGAGGGAGCCUUGGGUGGGGGUGGGUGCACAGCUGUGGACCUCAGUCACCUGUUGGGGGGAGAGGUCCCUGUCUAACAGCAGGGUUCUGGACUGCCUCCCACAAGAUGUUAUUUAUUUCCUGCACCCCACCCCCCCCCACCCCACUUCCUCCCCGCCACUGGGGGGUUGUGGUCCAGCGAAGGUGGUGGUGGGGGGUGGCGGUUCACAUUGGUCUCAGGAACAUUGACCCCUCCCGGGCCCCGGUUUGACUCCAGCACCGAUCCGUGCAUCGACCGUCCGUCUCCACGGACACGCCCUGGUGGUUUCAGGGUCUGACUCCUUGCCGUCUCCAUCCCCACACUUUGUACACACCGCUUUCCGCAGGGUGAAGGCACCCACCCCUCAGCCUGGUGCCCCUCCGUGGCCUCGUGGAUCUUGGCCUGUCACCCGAGGCCAGUGGUCAUGGGAUCUCACGCGUGCCCAAGGUCUGGGUCACCAGACACAUCCUCCAAAUCAGCAGCUGGGGGCUGGGUCCUGUCCUCUCCAGCCUGUGUGGCCCCACCCCACCUGCUGGCCCCGACCCACCAAACCCCAACCACCCACCUACCCCAGGUCUUCCCAACCCACCGCACCCCACCCCAGGUCUACCCAGCCUUCCUCCCCCCUCUCUCCUCCCCCACCCUUCUCCCUUGUCACCCCUGCUCCUGUCUUCCAUUCUGUCUCCCCCCCCCACCGCCCUUUUCCUGCCCUGCUCCCCCAUCACAUUCCAUCCGAUGUCCCCACGGGGUGACCAGUGCCCUGUGCUUCUCCGACACCCCUGCUCACAGGAGGUGACACAGAGCUGGCACCCCCACUCUCUCCGUCUCCCCCUAAACACCAGGCCGUCUGUGUUUUUUACUGAAAGGUGUUCUAGCUCGUGUAAAGUUGUAUGUAUAAUUAUUGAGUUUUUAUUAAAGGAAGAAUACUUUGC